GCGUCCGGGGCGUCCCGGCGGGUCCCGGUCCGGCUUCCCCAGCCCGCGAACCCGAGAGGCGCCAUGGGGCGGAUCACGGAAGAUCUUAUUAGACGGAAUGCCGAGCACAAUGACUGUGUGAUUUUUUCCCUGGAGGAGCUCUCCUUGCAUCAGCAAGAAAUAGAGAGACUAGAACAUAUUGACAAAUGGUGCCGGGAUUUGAAAAUCCUCUAUCUGCAAAAUAAUCUCAUUGGAAAAAUUGAAAAUGUUAGCAAACUCAAGAAGCUUGAAUAUUUGAAUUUAGCUUUAAACAACAUUGAAAAAAUUGAAAAUUUGGAAGGAUGUGAGGGGCUGACAAAGCUAGACUUGACUGUGAACUUCAUUGGAGAACUAAGCAGCGUGAAAACCCUUCAAUGCAACAUCCACCUGAAGGAGCUCUUCCUCAUGGGGAACCCGUGUGCUGACUUUGACGGCUACCGGCAGUUCGUGGUGGCAACUCUUCAGCAACUGAAGUGGUUGGACGGUAAAGAAAUCGAGCGUUCAGAAAGGAUUCAGGCGUUGCAGAACUUUCCAGUAGUUGAACAACAGAUCAGAGAGCAGGAGAAAGCUUACUGCCUCAGACGAGCCAAGGACAAGGAAGAGGCUCAGAGAAAACUGCAAGAGGAGGAAAAGGAAGGUCAGGAGGAGAGAAGUCACUCCGGCUUCGACGGACAUGUGUACAUGGACACCAGCUCUACUCUCCCAUCUUCUGAAGACAGCAGAGACCAUGGCCGGGCACCAGAAAAACAAGAAAGGGAAUGUCCGAAAAAGAAAUCAGAUGGCAGUCAAGAGGACCUGGAAUUCUGGAAUAAGCCCUCUUUGUUUACUCCUGAAUCUAGACUGGAAACGCUUAGACACGUGGAAAAACAACGGAGAGACCAAGAAAAAUUAAGUGAAAAGAAGAAGAAAGUGAAAGCACCCAGGAGGCUGAUCGCUGAAGACGGGAGAGCCCUGAACGUAAAUGAGCCCAAACUUGACUUCUCUUUGAAAGAUGAUGAAAAACGUCACCAGAUCAUCCUGGACCUUGCUGUGUAUAGGUAUAUGGACACUUCCUUAAUCGAUGUUGACGUGCAGCCGACUUACGUGCGGGUAAUGGUCAAAGGAAAGCCGUUUCAGCUCGUCCUUCCUGCAGAAGUCAAACCUGACAGCAGCUCGGCUGCACGGUCCCAGACAACAGGGCACCUGGUCAUCUGCAUGCCCAAGGUGGGUGAAGUAAUCACAGGCUGUGGACAAACAUCAAAGUGUGUGAAAAGCCCGCGGGUCAGCACGGACAGCAGCAGGGAGCAGACAGACAAAAGAGGCAAGCAAGUUGAGAGACUAGAAGUAGAUCCUAACAAGCGUUCCUUCCCCGAUGUGGCCAACAUAGUUCAAGAGAAAAAGCGCGUGCCCAGAAGAGUUCGUGCUGAACCCAAAAUUGCACCAAAUGAGGAAGAUCCAGGCUUUGAAGAUAACCCGGAAGUGCCCCCGUUGAUUUGAGGUAUCAGGCUGCCCGGACUGUGCUCAGUGCAAAGAGUGUGUCAUUUAGGGACUGAACAUAGUGAUUAUCUGUGUUACUGCUCCAGUGCUUUAGUUCCUACUUUGCAUAGUAAGAUUCUCAAACUAGUUUAAAAUUAAAAUGUGUACCUUAAAUUGCUGUAAUUCAUAAUUCAUCACUUGUCUAUAACAAAGUAUUGGCUAGUGCCAAGCACGUCAUGGUAGCUGGGAGGGCUAUGCUCAGUUUCUGUAGGGCAGAAAUACAGACCAAUACACUGGGGACAGCUUGUCUCUUCUCUCUCAUGUAUGGAGCCUCAACUUGGAUGACCCAAAGGCCAUGGAUAACUUGAUAUCCGGAGGCUGGACUAACCUGGAGGUGUCUUCGCCCACAUAUGUGGCAUUUGAGGCUGGCUUUUGACCAAGACCUUAGCUAGGUUGACAGCCAGAGUAUCUAUAUGUGUCCAUGAGAUCUAGGCUUCCUCGGAGCUCUCCAAGGGUGAGCCUCCCGGGAGAAUGAUGAAGAAAGGUUAUGGCUGCCUUAGUGAUUCCUCUGAUGGAGAUGGGUAGAGAAAAUUGAAAACCUGGAAAGGAUUCACCAUUCUAGAUGCCACUAAGAACAUUCAUGAUUCAUGGGAAGAGGCAAAAAUACCAACAUUAGCAGGAAUUUGGAAGAAAUUCCAAACCCUCAUGGAUGACUUGGAAGGGUUCAAGACUCUAGCAGAGGAAGUCACUGCAGAUGUGAUGGAAAGAGGAAAAGAACUAGAAUUAGAAGUGGAGCCUGAAGAUGUGACUGUAUUGCUGUGAUCUCGUGAUAAAACUUUAACAGAUGAAGAGUUGCUUCUUAUGGAUGAGCGAAGCAAGCAGUUUCUUGAGAUGGAAACUCCUGGUGAAGACUGUUGAAAUGGCAACAAAGGAUUUAGAAUAUGACAUAAGCUUUGUAGAUAAAGCCGCUGCGGUGUCUGAGAGGACCGACCCUAAAUCUGAAAGAAGUCCUGCUGCGGGUCAGAUGCUCUCAAACAGCAUCGCCUGCUACAGAGAAAACGUUUGUAAAAGGAAGAGUCAAUCAAUGGGACAAACUUCAUUGUCUUAUUUUAAGAAAUUGCCACAGCCUCUCCAGUUUUCAACAAUCACCAUCUCGAUCCAUCAUUAGCCGUCAACAUGGAGGUAAGACCCUCCACCUGCAAAAUUAUGGCUCACCAAAGGCUCCGACGAUGGUGAGCAUUUUUUAGCAAUAAAGUAUUUUUAAUUAAGGUAUGUUCAUUUUUAGGCAUGAUGCUAUUGCACAUUUAAUAGGCUACAGUAUAGUGUGAGCAUAACUUUUAUAUGCACUGGGAAGCCAGAACCUUCGCGUGACCCGCUUCGUUGCAUUAUUGACUUUACUGCAGUGGUUUAGAACUUAACCUGCAGUCUCUCCAGGGUAUGCCUGGAUUUCUGCAUUAGUUGAAACCUUUCUUCCCUGUCCUAUGUUGUGUGGGGCUGGGUUGACAAAACCUCUUCCGUCUGCAGCAUGUAGGUGGACCUCCAGUGGGUAGUGCCUAAAGAUGCAGCCACUUCUGCCACUGAGCCUGCCCUUCCUCAGAACACGCCCUGGACCUCCAGGAAUGUGGAAAGAAUUCUGUCACAGGCAUUCCAGUGAUGGACUCAGCAGUGAACUCGCUUCUUUCUCAUUCUAGGGGCCAAGGCAUCAAGUGCUAGGACCCAAGGGACGUCCUAUACGUAUAUGCUCUUCCCAUAAUUCCCUUUCCAUUCCUCUCUAUUCUCAUGUUCUGUCUGAUUAGCCCCCAUCCCCAAUGUGAUAGCAUGACUUAUAAUAAGAGAUCCCUGUGUUCUUUGUCCCCAUUUCUGGCACAGAGCUUCUAAAACCCUUGGAAUUUCCUAAAUGCUGAAAGCUAGGACGGUUGCUUUUGUUAUGUUAAUGAGAUGACUUUCGGAAAGCCCUUAGGUAAGGAAAGGAUGGGGGCUGGUUGCCAGGAGAUCCAUCCACGUGAUUAGAGGGUUGGAACUUUUGGUCCCAUCUCCCCACCCACCUCCUGGGAAGGGGAGAGGGGCUGGAGGUUGAAUCCGUUGUCAGUGGCCAAUGAUUGAAUCAGUCGUGCCUAUGUAAUGAAGCUUCCAUAAAUACCUGAAAGGAUGGGGCUUGGAGAGCUUCUGGGUUGGUGAACACAUGGCGAUUUGAGGAGAGUGGUGGGCUCAGAAAGCAUGGCAGCCCUCUGCCCUCCCCUCAUACCUUGCUUGCCCUAUGCAUCUCUUCUGUCUGGUUGUU